CGCUUUUAUCCAGAGACGCGUCGCUUCAUGCGCUGACAGCGCGGCUCAGCCCGUGGGGCUGGAACCGAGUAGCAUUCGUUGAAUCUGCGGCUUUCAUGACGUUUCCCUACGAGAUCUAUCACUUUGCUCCUAAACGAGGAUUUAUUCCCCCUGCCACUCAAGGCUUUCCCCCAGUUUCCUCGCAGCAGGGCUCCCUCCUCCGUCCCUGCCCACACGCGCACUCCUCUGCCCCGCGGUGGCCCCAGCGCCCAGCCCUCCAGCCAGAGGGAGCCAGUCACCAGACGGCAGCACCUGGCUGGAGAGGUUGGGCGGGCCGAGGGUGGGGAUCCGCGGGAACAGGCGAGCCGGAGCUGGAGCAGGAGCUGGACCAACCGCUAGCAGCAGAAUGGAGUCUCCCGAAAGCCUGCCGGGGCUGAUGUGAAAUUGGACCAUCUGCUUCCAGUUGGUCUGUUUCCUCCUCUUCUUGUAUUUUCUUCCCUUGCCAUCCACGGUGGAGUGAAUUACUGAAUCUUGCUCCGUUCCAAGAGAGGCGAUGAGGAUGGAGUGAACCUACCCUGUCCACCACAAGGAAAAGCACAAAGAAGAAAUGACAAUGGCCAAGUUAACUGAAUCCAUGACUAAUGUCCUGGAGGGGGAUUCCAUGGACCAAGACGUGGAAAGCCCGGUGGCCAUUCACCAGCCAAAGUUGCCUAAGCAGGCCAGGGAUGACCUGCCAAGACACAUCAGCCGAGACAGGACCAAAAGGAAAAUCCAGAGGUACGUGAGGAAGGAUGGGAAGUGUAACGUCCACCACGGCAACGUGCGGGAGACGUACCGAUACCUGACGGACAUCUUCACCACCCUGGUGGACCUAAAGUGGAGAUUCAACCUAUUGAUCUUUGUCAUGGUCUACACAGUGACGUGGCUUUUCUUUGGGAUGAUCUGGUGGCUAAUUGCAUACAUCCGGGGAGAUAUGGACCACAUAGAGGACCCCUCGUGGACUCCCUGUGUUACCAACCUCAACGGGUUUGUCUCCGCUUUUUUAUUCUCAAUAGAGACAGAAACCACCAUUGGUUAUGGCUACAGGGUCAUCACGGACAAGUGCCCAGAAGGAAUUAUUCUCCUCUUAAUCCAGUCCGUGUUGGGGUCCAUUGUCAACGCCUUCAUGGUAGGAUGUAUGUUUGUGAAAAUAUCCCAACCCAAGAAGAGGGCAGAGACCCUGGUCUUUUCCACCCAUGCGGUAAUCUCCAUGCGGGAUGGGAAACUAUGCCUGAUGUUCCGGGUAGGGGACUUGAGGAAUUCCCACAUUGUGGAGGCCUCCAUCAGAGCCAAGUUGAUCAAGUCCAAACAGACUUCAGAGGGGGAGUUCAUUCCCCUCAACCAGACGGAUAUCAACGUAGGGUACUACACCGGGGAUGAUCGACUCUUUCUUGUGUCGCCGCUCAUUAUUAGCCAUGAAAUUAACCAACAGAGUCCCUUCUGGGAGAUCUCCAAAGCCCAGCUGCCUAAAGAGGAACUGGAGAUUGUGGUCAUCCGAGGAAUGGUGGAAGCCACAGGAAUGACGUGCCAAGCUCGAAGCUCCUACAUCACCAGUGAGAUCCUGUGGGGUUACCGGUUCACACCAGUCCUGACACUGGAGGAUGGGUUCUAUGAAGUUGACUACAACAGCUUCCAUGAGACCUAUGAGACCAGCACCCCGUCCCUUAGCGCCAAAGAGCUAGCCGAGCUGGCUAACCGGGCAGAGCUGCCCCUGAGCUGGUCUGUGUCCAGCAAACUGAACCAACAUGCAGAACUGGAGACGGAAGAGGAAGAGAAGAACCCGGAAGAACUGACAGAGAGGAACGGGUGAUGCUGGGCUCCUAGUGUGGACCGAGAAGUAUUUCUUCUAAUCCCAUCCUCUGAAAGACAUUACAGAGAACUGAUAUAUUUUCCUCCCUAACUGCUUGGAAGAAUUCACCCAGAAUGAACCCAUCUGGACCUAGUGCUUUCUGGUUGGGAAGGUCAUCAAUAAUUUACUUAAAGUCGGGGCUGGAGAGAUGAGGCGGCGGUUAAGAUGGCUUAUUGUUCUUACAGACAGCCUGGGUUCAGUUCCCAGUGCACGCACGGUGGCUCACAAUCACCUAGAACUCCAGUUCCAAGGGACCUGGCACCUUCUUCUGGCUUCCAUGGGCUACUGCAUGCGUGGGAUGCACGUAAGCUCACGCAGGCAUCCAGACUCGUGCGCAUAAAUAAAAGUAAACGAAACUUUGAAGUCUC